AUGUCUUUCUUCAAGUCUCUCCUUCUCGCCACAGUCGCUGCUACGUCAGCCGUCGCCUACACUGGUGACAUGACCUACUUCAACCAAGGUCUGGGUUCUUGCGGUCAGGUCAAGACCGAUGCGGACGCCGUCGUUGCGCUCUCUGCCGCGGAUUACGGUGAAUGGGCCAACCCAAACCAAGCAACAGUCUGUGGCAAGUGGAUCAAGAUCACAGCAAAUGGCAAGACCGUCCGCGCCCAGGUCUGGGAUAAGUGCCCCGGUGGCGAGUGUGUAUCAGGCGGCAUCGACGUCUCCCCAAGCGUCUUCACCCAGAUUGCAGACCUUUCCGUUGGCCGUCUCACAGUCUCUUGGGAGUUUGAGGAAGGCUCCGGCGGUGGUUCACCCGAUCCCACCACUGUCGUCCCGGCCCCAACCAGCGAGGCUCCUGCGCCUACAAGCGAGGCUCCCGUGCCUACUACCACCAGCGAGGUCAUCGUCCCUACCACCACCAGCGAGGUUAUCAUCCCUACCACCACCAGCGAGGUGAUCGUUCCCACUACCACCAGUGAGGUCGUCGUGCCCAGCUCUACCAGCGAGGUUGUCGUGCCUUCUUCCAGCUCUUCCAGCACCAUCAUUGCUGCUCCCACCACCUUCUCAACCCGCGUGAGGCCUUCCACCACCAGCCAGGCUGCCCCAAGCACCACCUCUCUCCCCGGCCAAGUGCUGGUCGAGACCAACAGGGUCAAGGUCGUUGUCGUGACCCACUGGGUGACUGCCACCGUCACUGACGGUGCUAUCCCCACCUCUUCUUCUUCUUAA